UUAUAUUUGCAUCAGGGUCACAACAACGCUCGCAGUAUAAAAGUAAACCUGUCUUCUUGGGUUUCAAAGGAGUGAUUCCCGUUGGCUCAGCGGUAAGUCUGUGACCUUACAGGGCUAAAAAUCGAGUUUUGAUACUUGCCGGUGGGCAGAGCACAGAUAGCCCAUUGUGCAGCUUUGCGGUAUACGACAAAUUAAAAGCCAAAGAACGAAGUAUCCUUACGUUCGUUUUCAUGCUUCAAACAUCGGAAGUGUUAUCUUGCCCUACUGACCUAGAUGCCAGAAAUGUUCUGGAGAAAUGUUAGAGAGUGUCUCACUUGUUGACUGUCAGCGUCAACAUGAAAAAGCCUGGCAAUAACCCAAGCUGUGAACUGUUUCCUACCUUCUCAUUCUCUAUAGUUAGUAGGUAAUUACUAAAUGUUCCAUUAGUUUGGCAAUAGGUGUUUAAAAUCUAUUCCUGCAGACACUCAUGAGUUAAUAAGUAAUCAGAACGAGACAGUUGAAUCAUUGUGGCUUAUACGAUAUUUGGUACUGUAUGAAGAGUUGCUCAGUGUAAAUAAACCUAGUAAUUCCAAAUGCAAGUGAAUUCUAGCAUAUCGUUGCUGCAGCCAUCGUUAUGAUUCCAUGUUGGUUAAUUUCUCUGAACGUUAUUAUUAUGAAAAGACAGUAUUUACAGCGAAAAGGUCGGGAGCACUUAAAGAUGCAACUUUGCAACGAGACGAUGCCUUAUCCUCAGCCUGAACUUCAACAUUCAAACCUGAACGGCCGAAAGCGUCGAGGGAACUUGCCGAAGGAAUCGGUGAAAAUUUUAAAAAUGUGGCUGUAUGAACAUCGGUACAAUGCCUAUCCUUCUGACCAGGAAAAACUCUCUCUCUCUAAGGAGGCCAAUCUCAGUCUUUUGCAGGUCUGUAAUUGGUUUAUAAACGCUAGACGUCGCAUUCUGCCAGAUCUGAUUCGGAAAGAAGGACACGACCCCCUGCAGUACACAAUAACUAGGAAAAGCUACUCACACAAAAACCAUGGUGUAAAGCAAAGACAUCACGGUGAAAAUUCCGAGAAGUCUGACCAUGACAGACUAGCCAAACCUCUUCAGUCCUUUUUUUCUGCAACCGAUGAUAGCGCCACUGACGUGGAAAGUGAAGACAGUUUGAGUGAAGCUUCUCCCCUUGAUCCUUUGCAGUCUGAUUGCGACUUGAAAGACUGUGACUCCCCUUUGAAACUGACAAAACGCUGGCAACAGUCUCAUGAGCAAGAACUCGUGAAUGGAAAAUGGUCAGUGAGCUCUGUUGAUUUUUUUUCCACUGGCUCAUCAGCAAUGCAAGUUUCACCAGCUAGUGAUCGCUCAGACACCAGUUUGUUCUUAAAUCCUCACAAUUAUGAUAGCGUCACAGAAUACGAUCCAUCGGUUACGGUCAACACCUGCGAAAGAAAUGGCGAUUCAAAAGCGUUUGGUUCAACUAUAAACUACAACAAUACGAUUGAAGAUCCAAAACGGAAACCUUGGGAAUCUGAGCCUAAUACUCCACCACUUACGCCCCCUGGGGAGGAUAAGGAAGACCCGUUCAGCUGUUUGUACUUAUUAGUAGACGCUGCUGUUGGUGAACUAGAAAAACAGCAAGUGCAGCGUUGUCCCAAUUUAUGACAUCACGUUUUUCUCUACCCAUUUACCCAUCCAAAUGUGCCUUUCAUUUUAUGAUAUGUUCGACAUUUAUUCGUUGCAAAGAAAGGAGAACCGUAGCAAUUCUUAGUAGAGGACCAUUUACACAUUGAAAUAGCUUCUAUGCAAGGGCUUGUUGUCUUAACAGCAUUCCGUUUAUAUGCUCAAAAAUUUUCUUUUAAAAAUACUGUAAUUGAUUAAAAGCCACCAAAUUGUAUUAUCUCAUUAAUUUUGAAUAUUUGUCCCAAUAUUCCAUGUAAUAGGACAUGUUCAACAAAACUACAGUCGAAUUUUCUUGUUCAUUCAUUUGAAUUUGCAUAAGUUCAGCCUCAUUUAUAGGUUUAAGCACUGAUGGUGCUUUAUAUUCCUAUAAGCCUUGUAAAGUUGUUUCCCAACAAAUUGUCUGUUUACCUCUACAUACUUGAACUUGUCUCUUUCACAGGCUUUGUGUGUGAAAACUGCCUUUAAUAAUAGUAAAUUUGCCAUGUUUGUCGAAAUAUCAAAGUUGAAAUAAAUCUUGAAACUGUAGCUGGACGUAACGACAUAAUACAUUGAAACUAUUACCCUUAAUUACUAUUAAUGCAAAAAAAGUCUUGCUUUUAUAUUUUACAAUUGUCGAUUGACAAUAUUUGAAAAGAAAAAAUUAAACUAACUUCGUAGUUUAAACAUUCUUGUAAUUUCAAACAAAUAACCUCUUAACCACCCACUUUCACAUAACGAUAGUGAUAUUAUUACAUUAGGAAAUUUCUCAUUGGAUCAUGCUGCUUUAUUUCAUGUUAAGAAGACGCCUUUGAGAAGCAAGUAACACUAAGCAAAACCAUGGUUGACUUCAAGAGGUUUGUUAAUACUUGAAGCACGGUAAGUGAAACCAUGGUUGACUUUAGGGGGUUAUUGAUACUUGGAAUCUAAAACUACUAUCAACGGAGGUUUUUGUUGGUGAUUGUAAUGUAAGUAUGCAAUUGAGCUAACACUUGUUUUGAGAAAUGGACUACUGACUAAGAGUUAACGGCAGUUUUAAAAAUAUUUGAGAUGUUCCUCCUGGAGAAUCUGUUUUUUAUGUACUUCAGUAGGAAUUGUACACCGCAGUAGCGAACAAGGACAAGGCUUAACACCUUCCACACCUGCUUUUGUAGUGGCGCUUAGUAUGCUAGUUCAUAUGUUAAAAGCAAAUAAAUUUUCUGUUUCUUUAAAAAAGAAACUUUUUAAACUUCAAUAUAACUUUUUGUGCUUAUGAACGGCGGUUUUUAGACUAGGAACCAAGUUACAGUUCAACUGCGUUUAAAUUAAUUAUAGUGUGUAUGGAAAGCAUUUAUAACACCAUCCAUCUCUAGACAAUCAAACAAAGCAAGAUAGACUCAACUUCUUUCUAAAACUUAACUUUUAAAAGAAAACUUCUCGCACAGUGAUGUUUGUUUCGUCUUUUGCAUUUCGUCCUUGAAAAUUAACAAUUUAGGCUCAAUAUGGUAUGGUUUCCCUAUAUUAUUAGAUUUGUCUGCUCAAAAUGAAAAGUUAAUUAUAUAUGUAUAUACAUUUAACAUAGAUAUAUAGAGACAUAUAUUAUUUAGGUCCGUUUUUGCAUAAUCAUAUUCAUCUUGAUUGAGAAGAUUCUUUAUUCACGGAUCUUAUUUUACGAUUUUAGCCAUAAAAUUUUAAAUAGUUUUUAGCUAAUGUUUUUUAUAUGUAUACAAAUGAUUUAUCCUGCUAAAUCUUCAAUUUUAAGAAGGUUAGCUGUAGGAUAGUCUGAAAAAUGAACUUUUUGUACUUUGUGUGCAGGAAUGUUUUUGACAUAUCACGUAUGUCAAUUUGAUUCUCAGUCAUGUUUUUGUAGUUAUACUUUUUUGAGCCUUUUUUUUUGUAUUGUGAGUUUAGUGUACUCACAGUGCUUGUGAAGAAGUAACAACCAAAAUAGAUAGUUAAUAGUGAACUAAAAAUUCACUUAUACUUCAUUGUUUAUUUGGAUUUUCACAUACUUGUGUAUAAACUAUAUAACUGUGGGUAUGUCAUAUUCCUUAAGCCUUCUUAGAUACUUACACAGUUGUAUAUAAUUUAAAAAAUAAACCAUGAAGAAUAGAUAAGUUAUGAAUCAACUUUUGCAGUAGGGUGAUAUGUAUGAUAACCUGGGGCUUGAAAUAAAUUUUUGUCAGAUCGUGUAAUUCUCGAAGAUGUAACUGAUGUAUAAUUAAGUUUACUUUGUUUCGAGUUAAGAGUUGUAGUUUUUACUAUUUUGGAAUUAAAUAUUAGUUAUAACAAAUAUUUGUUUGAAAGUUUGAUGAUCACUGCUGAAUAAAAUGUGGAUAAAACAAA